AUAGCCCUGAACACUCAGGCAGCGUGGAAGAAAAGAUGGCGGACUCGAGACAAUUUGUGAACCCAGAACAACCCGGCUAUGUUGGAUUUGCUAAUCUUCCUAAUCAAGUUCACAGAAAAUCGGUGAAGAAAGGGUUCGAGUUCACAUUAAUGGUUGUUGGUGAAUCAGGUUUAGGCAAAUCUACCCUAGUCAACAGCUUGUUUUUAACCGAUCUUUAUCCAGAAAGGCACAUUCCAACAGCCUCUGAUAAGAUCAAGCAGACCGUGAAGAUUGAUGCCUCAACUGUAGAGAUUGAAGAACGGGGUGUAAAACUUAGAUUAACAGUUGUAGAUACUCCAGGCUUUGGGGAUCCUUUAAACUCUGAAGAUUGUUUUAAACCCAUAAUUCAGUAUAUUGAUGAUCAAUUUGAGAGGUAUUUGAAUGAUGAGAGUGGCCUCAACAGAAGACAUAUCGUUGAUAACCGAGUUCACUGUUGUUUUUAUUUCAUUAAUCCAUCUGGUCAUGGCAUGAAACCCCUUGACAUCGCCUUCAUGCGAGCAGUACAUCAUAAAGUCAAUAUCGUACCCGUCAUAGCCAAAGCUGAUACACUCACCAAACAGGAAGUUUUUAGUCUGAAGAGGAAGAUAUUGGAUCAAAUUGACGAAUAUGGCAUCAAUAUUUACACUCUUCCUGAUUGUGAUUCUGAUGAAGAUGAAGACUAUAAGGAACAAUGCACACAGUUAAAAGGAGCAGUACCAUUUGCUGUUAUUGGUGCUAAUACUGUCAUCGAGGUGAAGGGUCGUAAAGUGAGAGGUCGAAUGUAUCCUUGGGGUGUCGUGGAAGUUGAGAAUCCAGAUCAUUGCGAUUUUAUCAAACUUAGAACAAUGUUGAUCACGCACAUGCAAGACCUUCAAGAAGUCACCCAAGAAAUUCAUUAUGAAAAUUACAGAGCUGAAAAAUUGGCAACAGGUGGACCCAUGAAGAAACCAAGUCGCCCUCGAAGACCAGACAGCCAAGAUACGGAUAAAGAAAGGGAGCUUCGAGAUAAAGAUGCCGAGAUCCAAAGAAUGCAACAGAUGUUGGCUAAAAUGCAGCAAGAGAUGUCAGUGAAAAAGGCUGCUCAAAAUGGUGACGGUAAAUCUCACGAUGUGCAAGUUUAAUGCAGUAUGGUGCUCAUAUUGUGUAGUGGUUAUUUGACUUGAUUAAUGAGUAAACAUAGUUUUCUGACACAGUGGACCAUUAGUGAAAAUGCCUUGAAUUUAUGUCAUAGCAUGAACCAAUCAACCGUUUUUGUGUUAAAAAACUAAAAAUUGAUGUGGUUUUUUUCAUUUACAGACAUUCAAUUAAUUAUUAAUUUUGAAUUAACUAAAUAAUGGCUAAGAGUAAGAUAAAAGGAUGUGUAGCUUUCAUAAACAUACUUUUCAAUUUUAGCUUUAUAAACAUAGCCAAAUGUAAAUAUUUUAUUGUUGCCAACAACAAAAUAUUUACAUAGGUCAAUCUUGUCAAAGGAAGUUUUUUUUUAAUAAAACAGGAAAAAUCUCUAUAAAAUAAUCAUCUCUCAGUCUAUAUUUUAUAAAUCUGCAAUCAGAUUUUCUGUGAGGAUCUGUAAUAGGUUAGGUUUUUUGAUUUUGUAUAUAUAUAUUUAAUUGUUUUUUUGUUUAACAACCCAUCUACAAUAUCAUUUUUCACUGCCCGUUUAAUACAGCUUCAUGAUUAAUCAUUACAUUAUUAUUUAAUUUGAAAUACUCAAAUAUAAAGUGCUCAGCAUCCAUCUUGCAUUUACAACCCAAGAAAAUUUUUUUUAAUUUAGUUCUGGGAUUAUAGUAGAUUAUUUAUUGGUUGUUUUUUUCUUCCUAUGUAUUGUCUUUUUCAACAUUUGUAUAUUAAACUUGUCAUGUAAAAAAAAUACCCCAAAUAUUUAAAUCAGAAUCACAUAACUGUGUGAUUUGGUUUUAAUCGAAUAGGGCCUAUUCAGCUUUUAAGUUCCCUAAUAAUAGUACAAGUAAACUUUUAAAAUGGUGCCAAUAUCAAGUCCUGCAUUAGCAUUACCCUAAUAAAUGCCUUUUUGUAUACUAUAUUGAUAAACUAAUGUCCAAGUGUAUUAUUUUCUAAUUUACAAGUACUUGUUUUAGUACAGUUAGUAUAGUGUCCCGUAGUGUAAAAGUUGAAACGUGUAAAAAUUUGUACAUUAUUUUUCCUAUCUUUUUUACUCAUAAAUUUAUUGCGUCUUAGUGCUGAGUCUUUUGCUUAGUGAUUAUAGGUUGAGUUCUUUAUACUUAUUGCAUGUGUUACUGUACGUUAGGUUAGUGAUCAAUUGUAGUAACAAUUAUUUACGCAUGAAAUAAAAUUAUCUUAUGAAUCGUUA